AUGUCCCAGCCCCCACCAUUUCCACCCAACGCGCAAUACGGCGGCUAUCCUCCUCCUCCCGGCCAACCAUAUCCUCCACCAGCUGGGCAGCCUGGAGCUUAUCCGCCACCUAGCGGUUAUCAGCCUCAAUAUGUCCCUCAAUUCCCUCAGUCGCCAAAUCCUCCUCCCAACAGUGGCUAUUAUCAGGCACCAGCUUUCGCUCCUUCCCAACAAUACUAUCAAGCUGGUCCCUACCAAGCCGCGCCGCAACAACCUUAUCAAGCCCCAGCUUAUGCUCCUCCGCCACAACAGCAACCUUACCAAAGCAGUCCUUACCCGCCACCGUCGGGCCCGCCACCGUCAGGCCUACCACCAAAUGCUGCCCAGAAUACUACAAUGCCACCAGUCAGCCCUUACGCGCCACCCGUAGACUUGGAACCUCCAACCAUCUACUACCGUGACACAAUCAUCCACAACCCACGCUUCUCUGGAGGCUUGAAUGUCGUCGGCUACACUAAAGACCAAAUCAAAUACGACAUCGACCAGAUUGUGAAAGCUGGCGGCGAUGAGAAGAAACUCGUCGAUAUUCUCACCGGACUUGGACCGCUCAAGAUGGAAGUGCUUGUCCAUGAAUUCCCUCAACACAAUGACAAAGGCGAGACGUUGUACCGGCGCGUCGAAAGAAAAACUACUGGCAAUGUCGAGAAAGCCCUUCUAGGUCUCAUUCAGGGGCCGCUCAAAUACGACGCGGAUCUUGUUAAAGACGCCAUCAGAGGAUUUGGAACCAACGAGUCGCUCUUGAACGAAGCCAUCCUCGACCAUAGCCCUGCAGAUAUUGCGACACUCGACUAUAUAUACCUCCAGAAAUAUAAGAAGCACCUGUCGAAGGAGGUUGCUGACGAUCUGAGUGGAAACGUGCUCAAAUUGUUCAAAUUUGUGACUGAUCCUUCGCGCGAAAAGCUUCCAGCAGCCAAUGCAACAGCUGAACAGCGCCAAAAGCUGCUGGAGGAAGAUGUCGAGGCUCUUUAUAAGGCGGGAACCGGACGCGUUGGAACCAACGAAGACAAAUUCUACCGUAUCCUCACCUGUCGAACGCAAGAUCACCUUGUCGCGGUUUGCACUCAUUACAAAGCCAAACACAGAAAGUCACUCUCGACUGUGAUCGCCAGCGAAUUUGGCACUAGCAACCACGACGCGAAAGCUCUGUUAUUCAUCGUCCAGGGUGCCGAAGUUAGCGAGAAGCCUCAUCUUGCUGCUGUCUCACCUUUGGCAAUCCGAGAUGCUAUUCUACUGGAAGAAACCAUGAAAGGGUUUGGGACAAACAACUCAUUGCUGAUCACACGUGUUUUACGCGCUCAUUGGUCUCGCCCUCGAAUGGAAGCUACGAAACAGGGGUAUCAACGAGUAUAUGACAAGCAACUCACAAGACGCGUUAAAGGGGAGACGAGCGGUGUGUUUGAACACUUGCUGCUUCGCUUGAUUGGAGAGGGUCACUACAGCUGA